GGAAACCCACAAUCUGGCCGAUGCCUCAGUAGAUAGCAGAUUCUCUUUUCCAUGUUAUUGACGGGGAGAGGAGCGGAGGUGACCGACCUGCAGCCAUGGAGAAAUAAACAGCAAGCUCCUCUUCCCCUGGAAAUAAAAAGAAAAUAGUAAAUAAAGCACUUCAUGAGCAGAACUAUAUACGAGCGAAGGUGGAUACGCGUGUGAAUCAUGCCGUGCACGCACAGAAGAAUCUGAAAGCUUCUGCCGUUAAAGAUGUCCGCAGAGCAGCAGCGUGACUGGAUGAUGCGGGCGGAGAUGGAGCGGCUGUCCCGGGAGCUGGCCGAAACCACGCAGGAGAAGAUCCAGGCGGCGGAGUACGGUCUGGCGGUGCUUGAGGAAAAACAGCUGCUCAAGCAGCAGUACGAUGAGUUGGAGGCGGAAUAUGAGAGCGUCCGCCAAGAGCUGGAGCAGCUGCGAGAGGCAUUUGGACAGGCUCACUCAAACCACAGGAAGGUGGCGGCGGAUGGCGAGAGCCGCGAGGAAUCGCUCAUCCAGGAGUCGGCGUGUAAGGAGGCAUAUUACGAGCAGCGCAUGCAGGAGCUGCAGGCAGAACUGCGGCAGGCACGGAACAUCCUGACCAACACCCAAUCAGAGAACGAGCGCCUGUCCACCAUCACUCAGGAGCUGAGAGAGAACAGUCAGAUGGUGGAGCUGCAGAGGUCACGUCUGCGUGAUGACAUCAAAGAGUUCAAGUUCCGUGAGUCUCGACUGCUGCAGGACUACAGUGAACUGGAGGAGGAGAACAUCACCCUGCAGAAACAUGUGUCUGUCCUGAAACAGAGCCAGGUGGAGUUUGAGGGUCUGAAGCAUGAAAUUCGUCGUCUGGAGGAAGACACUCAGUUUCUGAACAGUCAGUUGGAAGACGCCAUCCGCCUGAAGGAGAUCGCUGAGAGACAGCUCGGAGAAGCACUAGAGACCAUCAAGACUGAGAGAGAGCAGAAGGCUGCUUUGAGAAAGGAGUUGUCUCAGUAUAUGAGAAUCGGGGACUCGAUGUACCACAGUCCUUUGAGUAUCUCCCUCGAUGGACUGAAGUUUAGCGACGACACGUCAGUCGAGCCAAAUAACGACGAACCCAUCCACAGCUACGAGAACACUUUUGACAAGAUCACCAACGGCGAUGACAACCGCGUUUCCACGCCCAAAAAAGGAGAGCUGUUCCACCCUUCCUCCAGCCUCGUGGACAAUCUACUGAGUGAACUCAACAUCUCUGAGAUACAGAAACUAAAACAACAACUGCUGCAGGUGGAGCGAGAGAAGGUGACGCUACUGUCAACACUGCAGGAUUCUCAGAAGCAGCUUGAGCAGGCUCAUGGAGCACUAUCUGAGCAACAUGAGAAGGUCAGCCGUCUCACCGAGAACCUCAAUGUUAUGCGCAAGCUCAAGGCCAACAAAGAGCGCCAGUCCGCUCUGGACAACGAGAAAGAGCGCGACAGCCACGAGGAUAGUGACUACUAUGAGGUGGACAUCAACGGCCCUGAGAUCCUGGAGUGCAAGUACAAGGUUGCUGUGUCCGAGGCAAGUCAACUGAAGGAGGAGCUUAAAACACUGAAGGCGGAGCAUUCAGCCUGUCAAUCACAGUACAAGGAGGAGCGGGUGCAGCUGGAUAGCCAGGUGGCAUCUCUGAGUGCUCAGGUCACUUCUUUGGAGCACAGCAGCAGAGCGGACCGCGAGCAACUGGCACAACUCGAAAAAGAGCUUCGUCAAGCCAGCGAAGUGGCGGGGGAAUCCCAGGGCAGCCUUAACGUAGCACAAGACGAGCUGGCCACCUUUAGCGAAGAGCUCGCCAACCUGUAUCACCACGUCUGCAUGUGCAACAACGAAACGCCGAACCGCAUCAUGCUCGACUACUACCGUGAAGGUAAAGCCGGAGUUAACGGGACGCAAAUCACAGGUCGGGCUAGUCCUGAAGGUCGUGGCCACCGCUCUCCCAUCCUGCUAACGCGGGGUCUGUUUCCUGCUGCCGACGCCAGCGAUGGAGCUUCUUCUCCGGUCUACUCCAUUCCGUCCCCAACGGCUGAUCCUCGCAAGGAGCCCAUGAACAUCUAUAACCUGGUGGCCAUCAUCCGGGACCAAAUCAGGCACCUGCAGCUGGCUGUGGACCGCACGACGGAGCUCUCCCGCCAGCGCGUGGCGUCUCUGGAAUUGGGUCUCGGGUCAGACCGAGAACAGGAGGCCAGCGUGGAGGAGAUUCUUAAGCUCAAAUCGCUCCUCAGCACCAAGAGGGAGCAGAUCGCUACACUGAGAACCGUCCUGAAGGCAAACAAACAGACUGCUGAAGUGGCGCUGGCCAACCUGAAGAGCAAGUAUGAGAAUGAGAAGGCCAUGGUGACUGAAACCAUGAUGAAGCUUCGCAAUGAGCUCAAAGCUCUGAAAGAGGACGCCGCCACCUUCUCCUCACUCAGAGCCAUGUUUGCCACUCGAUGUGACGAGUACGUCAUUCAGUUGGAUGAGAUGCAGCGUCAGCUGGCAGCCGCAGAGGACGAGAAGAAGACGCUGAACUCUCUCCUCCGUAUGGCUAUUCAACAGAAGCUUGCACUCACGCAGCGACUGGAAGACCUCGAGUUCGACCACGAGCAGACCCGCCGGGGCGGAGCCAACGGCCGUGCCAAGGUCGCCUCCUCACGCGGGAGAUCCGCCCACAACUCCACCCACUCCCACGUAAGUCACGCCCCCACCGCCACAUGUGGGGGUCGCGGUGAGCCCAACGGCCACGUGGGAACGCCGGUGGUCUUCUGCAGCGAAAAGUACAAGAUCUACUGCGACUGAAGCUGUUGCUUUGAUAGCUGACUGUACAGAGCUCCACUCACACGCUCUUGCUUGCUGUGUGCUAAUCCAUAUGAUGUCUUCAUGUGUUUUGGGCAGAAUAUGGUCACGCCUGCCAGCGUUCUAGUAUCCAGCAGAAUAAAGAUGUAGAGCUUGCUGAGGGCAGAAUAAUAGUGUUUAGUCUUAAAGGUUCACAGAGAGGACUGCUUGUCUUCUUGCGGUAUUAUGGUGCUUAAAGGAAUAUUCCAGGUUCAAUACAAGUUAAACUCAGUCGACAGCAUUUGUGGCAUAAAGUUGAUUACCUCAAAACUUAAUUUCGACUCGUCCGUCCUUUUCUUCAAAUCAAGGUUACAGUGAGGGUAGAAAUGUGAAGCUUAUCAUUUUAUAAAAGCACUUAUAUUAAUUCUUCUAUUAAUACUUGUGUUAUUUGAGCUAUAAAGUUGUUAAAAAAGGUUGUUUUUAUGGUCGUUUUAGGGUUUACAUCAUCAUGGCAACAAAGUUGUAAAAUUGACUAUAACUUUACACAGAAAAGGUUAGUAAGUGAUUUUAUCACACUAAAAUCAUUUUAACACACAUAUAGUUUUCGUCUUGUGGCUAUACGUGAGUAUUUUAAUUAGAGGUCAACCGAUAGUGGACUUUGCCGAUACCGAUAUCUAAGAUGGUGGAAAAGCCGAUAACCGAUUAAUCGGCCGAUAGUUUUUAAAAUUGAUUAAUUGUUAAAAAAUGUUCUUAGUCUUUUCUUACUCUGACGGGCAUAAACAUUGAUGCCACAAGAUUCCAAAAUGAAUAAAAUCCCAAAUGCAGUUUAUUGUUCAACCAAAAUCCCAAUAAUAAUCAGAAAAAAAUGGAGACUUUGUGUGUAAUAUAGGACUUUUAACUACAAAAAAGCCUGAAACACACUGAGGACUGUUAUUUUUAAAUGAUGGAAAUUUGGCGGCCUUACAGUGCUCUAUAGUUUAGAAGGCUAUUUAUCAAAUGUAGCUUUUUAUAGCCUUUAUAUUCACAGGAUAAAAUAUAUAAAAGAAUAUUAUCAAUGACGACAGAUUUAGAGCAAAUCCCCACGAGGUGUCAGUGAUCAUUUAUUUCACCUUGUAAUAUAGAACUAAGCUAUUCUAACAGUCAAAUCUUCAAGUGCUGGGCACAGAGGAACAUGGAGGAAUAAAACCAAUAGUCCCAAAAAGCAACUAUCGGUUCUGAUUAAUUGGUAAAACCGAUAUAUCAGUCUACCUCUAGUUUUAACUUUUACAGAUUGGCCCCAUUCACUUCCAUUGUAAGUGCAUCACUGUAACCUUGAUUUUUUUAAAGGAACGGAAGGAGACGAGUUGAAAUAAAUUUUAUGGUAAUCGAUAAUAUGCUGCAAAUUCUGUCGAUUGAGUUUAACUCGUACUGAACCCGGAAUAUUCCUUUAAAGCAGCUUUGCAUGUGGGUGUGUACGUGUUCUUAGAUUUGACCGAUAUAUGUGCUAGAUAGAGAACGCGUUGAAGGCCAAUAGCUAUUUGCCCUCUCUCUUUCAAAAGAUUGUUUCCUCUGACCUUCGUUCCAGGAGAAGAAAACUGCUUGAACCAGCUAAAGGUGGUCUGACUAAACUAGCCUGACAAGUUUAAUGGCCAGCUAAGACCGGCAAACCACCUAAGGCCGGUUCAAGCUGUUUUUCAAGCAGGGAUUUCUCUCUUGCCUCUGAAAUGGGCAGCCCGUCCAAUCAGGUCACGUGUGUUUACGUGACAGAUCAAAAUAAAUAUGCAAACUUUCUCCCUGCCUUAUUGACGUGCAGGAAAACCCAUUGAAUUGUGCCAUUCUGUUUAGCUAGAAUUAAAAAAACAACAGAAUUUGACGGGUUUGGCCCAAGAGUGAGUGUUUUGAGGGAUGUCGCUCAUGAGGAGGCAGGCGGGAACGCACGCGGUCCAUACAUAAGCAUGCGCCGGGAAGCGAACCGGUUUCUGGCCCAUUUUUCAGUUUGCAGUUGCUUAUAGAUGUGUGGCUGCAAAACUAUUUCUGAGAGCUUUAUCUUGUUCUACACUUGAUUUUUUAUGUACUUGAGCACAUUUGACACAGGGCUUAAUGCAAUGAAGUCAUGGUGAAGGGCUUUACUUGUUGAUGUCAUAAUUCACUCCAGUCUGUGUAUUUGCGUGUAGAACAAACCGUGGAGGAGCCUUGUAUGUCGUGACUCUCAUGUCAAGACAACACAAAUCAUGACAUCUCUUUUUGUCAAACACACAAUGGGAGUCCUUAGGUAACAUAUGGUAUGAAAUCACCCUCAAACCAUAUAGAAAACAUAUUGAGUCAUGUUCAAAAGAUAGUAAGGUCUAUUCCCAUAUGGUCUAGUGGUUAGGAUUCCUGCUUUUUACCCAGGCAGCCCGGGUUCAACUCCUGGUAUGGGAAGUAGAGUCCAGUGUCUUUCCUAAUACAUUGAUCACCAAUCAAAUGAAAUCCAUUUCACCAAUUAUAUUUAAUUACUGACAACUUUAUGAAAUCGAAUGAGAUUUUUUCAGGGAUUGCUGAGAAUAUUCCUGGUUCAAUGCAAGUUAAGCUCAAUCGACAGCAUUUGUGUCAUAAUGUUUAUUACCACAAAAAUUUAUUUCGACUCGUCCCUCCUUUUCUUUAAAAAAAGCACAAAUCUGUGUUCCAGUGAGACACUUACAAUGGAAGUCAAUGGGGUCAAUUUUUGGAGGGUUUAAAUGCAGAAAUGUGAAGCUUAUAAUUUUAUAAAAGUAUUUAGAUGAAUUCUUCUGUUAAAACGCAUGUAUUAUUUCAGCUGUAAUUUGUUUAAAUUGUUGUUUUAGGAGGUUUUAGUGUUUACGCCAUCAUGGCAAAAGUUGUCAAAUUGACUAUGACUUUACACAAAAAAGGUCAUAGUAAGAUCUUGUUAAAGGUGCACUCAGUAACCUUUUGCUCUUGUCAUCUUGGACUUGGAUUCAGCAUCAUUUAAAAUCAAAAGUUUUCAGUCACAGAUGCUAUUGUAGAAAUUCACUAUUCACAAUCAGCCAUGAUUCAUUUAAUCCAAGAGUGAGUGUCAAAUAACAAGACGUUUACUGAGAUUGAAUGAGUAGCAUUCAGCUGGUCAUGUGAUUCUAAAAUGGCAGCUGCCCCAUGUAGAAUAAAACAGCUUGUAUAAGGUUACUGAUAUGACUAGAGUCCUCAUCUCAUGUGAGUGCUCAUGAUUUUAUACAUAUGUUUCAAAAUAACAAUUCAUUUCUUUAGGAGUAAAACUUUUUUAAUGGGGAAAGAAUGGCUGAGUGCACCUUUAACACACAUAUUGUUUACGUCUUGUGUCUAUACUUUUGAAACAGUGAGUAUUUUAAUGUUUACAGAUUGACCCCAUUGACUUCCAUUGUAAGUGUCUCACUGGAACACUGAUUUGUGCUUUUUUUUUUUUUUUUUUUUAAGAAAAGGAGAGAUGAGAUGAAAUUAUUUUUUGUGGUAAUCAACAUUAUGCCACAAAUACUGUUGAUUAAGUUUAACUUGUAUUUAAUCCGGAAUAUUCCUUUAACUAGGUCUGGUGGUUUUGGUAUCUAGAUCUGAUCUGGUGCUUUACUCAUCAAUAAGCUUUGUAUAUUUGUAUUUUGUUUUUCGAUUUACAUUAGAUGUUUCCUGCCUUGUCAUUGAUGGAAUCAGUGAAAUGUAUAAUUUUACUGAUUUUGGUUUUUAGAAAGUAUUACUAACGAACAGCUGAUGGAGUUGGACUAGUUAUGGUAAAUGUCUGCUAUCCUGAGUCUGCUGUCAGUACGCCACCGAGGAGGCGUAGAUAAAUUCAUAUUUCACUGUUUGCAACCUUUACUACACAGCAUUUUAUAGUCCAACCUGACAAACUGUUUGUUUGUUUGUUUGUUUGUUUUGGGGAAACUAAUUGUAAUAAUAUGGGCUGAGGACAUAACAUUGGCUGUUUGGCUUCUGGUGUCUAACCCAGUUUUACAUUUGAUUUUCUUCUGAAAUUCAGUUGCAUUGAUUUCUGCUUGACUGCACCUACCAUGUUCAGAUGGAAGGCUUUAACAAUAAUGGUAACUGUUAUUAUUUAUUUCAUUUUUGUGUUUGUUUUCUCUAAUUUGCAGUAACAUUCUGUUGGGGAAUUCAACAUUCCACCGGUGCCUACAAAUUCAGUGUUCCAAAACGGCUAAAGUUGAACUCCCAUGGACUUACAAAACACACUGGAUGACCAUUAACGUGGUUCUUUUUUAAUUCUUGGAAACUGAAAACUUUUAUAGUUGUUAUACAGCUGCAGCAGGUUAUUUUAAGUACAUCUGGACUUUUGAAGAAAAGUUUCGAUUAAUUAAGUCAGAAGCCAGAGUUCACAAAGUCCUGGAAACUUCAACUCAAAAUUGUAGUGGUUUAAAAGAAAAAUCAAAGAAAAGUGACUCGAUUUCCUCAAAACAUCCAUCCGUUUGUCUUGGAUUUUGUACCCUUUGCUCUUUUAAUAUAUGGUUGUAUUGUUUUUAUGUUAACCUAGUUUGGUGUUUUGGUGUACGAGUCGGUAUUUUACACAGUAUUGGAUCUCUUCGUGUACACUCUUUGUAAGCAGAGGUCAAUAUCAAACCAUUACUGUCCGUGUUAUGAAAUUCAUCCACAGGUAUCCUAUAUUACUCCUCUGUGUUACUCAUAAUUUGUUUUGAUUUUUUACAUUCAUUUUACUGCCAUGUUCGAAACAAAAUCCCAGACGGUCAUAUGCUGGGCUUUUGUCGAUUUAUUAUUCUUAGGAAUAGUUCAAAGGGAACAUUUACAAACUUGAUGACAUUGUGGCUUAAUCUGAUACAGAAGGCUUUGGAAAAACCAGCAAAAUAAUUGAAUUACAAUUGAAAUUCAAGCUCAAGCUUUACACGGAUCACUGACCUUCGGCAUUCUGUACAAGAGUAAAUGAAUGAAUUCCAAAUUGGAAUGCUGUAAUUCUCUCUCUAUUUAUUGUGCCAAGUGUCGGUACACUGUCUGGGUUGUUGAAAAGGAUCAGAAGCGGUAAGAAGCAGAGGGUGUGGCCCAAGACAUUGACCUUACCCUCCAUUUGGUUUUUGUUUCUGCUUUUCAUUCUGACCAUUAGUGCCUUUUAUUAUUUCAAGAGAGAAUCCUAGACUAGCUUUUAGGUUUUUGUAGUUCCCUUUUCCCACUCCUUACGAAAGAUCAACGGAUGUGGAUGUCUGGUUUCAAACUUAGCAGCAGCAAUAAGCGCAGAAGACAUUCAUUCUGUUUCGCAAGAGUGCAAAGAUGAUAUAACCGUUAGUGAAAUUAAACCGAGAUUGUACUGAAUUCUUCAGGUCAGCGAUCCUAAUAGCAAAUUCAGGGGUUUUAGCUAAAGUUAUUUUUCCAGAUUUAUCCUUGUUUGCCACAUUAUGAACAAAAAUUGUGAGACACGAAACACGUGUGGUGUUUUGGUGUUGGAGACUGGUGUUAUUUAGCUUCGUAUGGUGAGAUAGCUUAAGUGGCAUUGAUAGGAUUGUUGACAAUUGUGAGAAAGCGUUUGUCCUCUUUCUGUCCAAUUAGUUUGUUUCAUUUUUUUUAUUUUAUAUAUAUAUAAUCUUGAAUAUUUUUGACAUGGUUAAAUAAGCAUUACGAUUUCAGGAAACAGAAAACAUUUUGCAUCAACAAGCUAACGGUGCAAGUCGUAUCUUGUUUGUUGAGGCAUAAAAUUAAUAAAUACAGUCGCAAGCGAGGAUCAAAAUGAACUAAGUGCAAUUUUAAAAACAAUUUACUUGACAAAUAAAGUUUUCUGUUUGCUGGAAGUGAUAGCAUUGUGAUAUUCAACUAGCUGUGGAAGACUUAUUAUUGUGUUCCAGUAUUGAUCUAUACGGAAAGUUUGAUACCUUUAUAUAAAAUAACCACUUCAUCCAUAUGUUUGUAUUUAUUUGAAAUGUCGUGCAGAACUUUAUAAUGUGCACUAUUAUGUCAUAUGCAUGUUUUUCCACAGUCAUGGGUCUUUUACGCAGAACUGAAGACAAAUUUCAACUCCAAAAUAUUGGAAGACAAAAAGAGAAUGGGGCAGAAAUGUUUAGUUUUUAAUUGGUAUAUUACUGCUGAACUAACCAAGUUAAAGUAUUGUUCACUCUGUCUGUGUAGAGGUAGUCAUGCUGGCUAAAAUCAAUAAAUACGAAUAAAAAGUCACCCUGUA